AUGAAAACCAAAUGUGUUAUAUGGAAAACAACAGACAACACGAACAACGAAACAACGAACUACAUACAAGCAACGAAAAACAAAAAAAAAACAAAACAAAUUCAUUUCAUUGAGUAUGCGAAAUUUGCUUGGCUCAGUCUCGCGUGUGCAGCUCGUCCGGCAGGUUCGGCUGUCCAUGUGACUGAACGAUCAACAGGCCAAAAGCAAAUAACAAAAGCCAAAAAAAAUACAAGCGAACGCUCUCUUCCAUCCAUCCAUUCAUCAUCUGUUUGCCAUACACGUAACGUACCUGGCCACCACGAUCUCUCACGAUCGCGAUCUCGAUCUCUCAGCAAAGUCGAACAAACAGUGGCAUUCAACAUGAUGCGAGGCACGGUGUUGGCUUUGGGCCUGCUGCUCGUCCAAUUUGCUGCCACAGGUUUGGCCGUUAAAUGCUAUGAAUGCGAUUCCGAAAACGAUUUGAAUUGCGGCAGUGAAUUUCAAGCUGAAGAUAUUGCCAAAACCGAUUGCGAUGCCGUUGAAUUGCCUCAGGAAAUACGCGAAAUCUAUAUACAAAAGCCGGACACCGCUUGUCUGAUCAAAUACUAUCGGGAUCUGCCCGAGAAUCCGCUUUUCGUGCGUCGUUCCUGCACAUUUGGUGAUUUUUCCGUCUGUGACGAACAACCGGAUCCAGUGAUGCCGCAUCUGAGUUUUCUGGGCUGUCAAUUCUGCCACACAGAUCUGUGCAACAAUGCCGCAAUUAUCCGACGAUCCAUUGUCAGCGUAAUGCUGUUGUUGCUACUCGGCAAUUUACUCAAUUAACGAUACAAUUUGAUGAAUACUUAAUAGUUUUUUUUUUUUCAACAUUUUUCAGUUUAUUUGAUUUAGUUGUUUUUUGGUUUUAUACAUCCACUAAAAUGAUUUAACAUACAUAUAUUAUUAUAUAUAUUUAUAAUAUAGAAUUGGGGCAUAUUCAAUUAUAUUCUUGUUUACUGUAUGUGUGUUUGUUUGUGUGAGUGUAUGUGUCAUUAAAUAAAAUACAAAUAAUAAUAAUAAUCAUAAAAGUAAACAACACGCUCUUUAAUUCAAAUAGCAAACAUCGCAUCGCAUAGUUCAUAAAUAUGUACGUACGUAUGUAUAUAGUAUAUUCAUUUUUUGUAUAUAUCAGUAUUAAUAAUAGUAUUUAUAUAUAUAUUGUUGUUAUCAUCAAUGAUGCAUCACUAGAUGUACCAUAUAAUGGUUGGUUAUUGUACGAAAAUCGAAACCUAACAACAACUACACAUAGAAGAACAAACAGUGUAAACAAUUGUAUAUACAAAAGAUAAUGAAUUAGUUGAUUGUUUUUUUUUCUUCUCUCUCUCUCUCUCUUUUCUCUUUUAUGUGCUUGCUUGCUUGCUUGUUUGUUUGUUUGUCUGCCAAAUACUGAUCAAAUGAGCAAGUCUCAUCAUCUACAUAUAUCUUUUUCUUCUUCUUCGCUCACAAACACAAAGAUUAUCAACAAUAUGAAUAUAGUCAACCAAGUAAAGUAAAACUUUUAUCAACAGCGCAGAAACAAGUAACAAAUAGAUAUAUAUACUAUAUAUAUUUAUAAAUCUUUCAUAUCGUUUUGUCAUAUUUUUGUGUUGAUCAAACUUUUCAACUAGGCUAUUAUAUCGUCUAUUAUAGCGAUUAAUAUAUUGUUUUUUGUUUUGUUUGUAAUGCUGCUUACAUACACAUUUCAUUAACAACACAGAGAGUUUAAUAUACAAAAAAAAAGCUAAAAUUAUGUAUUAAUAUAAAUAUUUUCUUGUUUAUAUAUGAUGCUGCCACAUAUCUUAAACUGUGCCUUCAACAUUGCAACUGCAACAUGCCUCGGAAAAGUGUUAAAAGUGUGUAUGUGUGUGUGUGUAGGGAAAUCCUUUUGCAUGUGGAGGACCAGCUCCAAAAUGUGUGUUUAGAAAGCAAUUGCUAUGCGCUUCAUGUGAACUAAAAUUGAGUAGCGCAUAGAAUUUUUGUUUUUGAGUCUCUUGAGGCAGCUGCAGCCACAAAUUGCAAUCAGUUUAAGAUACACUCUUCUCUUUUUCGUUUUUUUGGCAUAAUUUAUAAUUCUAUGUUGUAAUUGUAAUUUCUAUAUAGUAAAUAUUUAUUCUGUAUUCGUUGUGUUAAACUAUCAGAUUGUAACAAUUCGCUUGAGUAGUGCAAAGAGCAGUCGCUAAAUGGGCGUGCCAAAGACUCCUUUUUUCUUUAACAUUGUGCACAACAUGUUGAAUUUUCGUUUUUCUUGACUAGAAAAAUUAAAAAGAAUUUGUUGUUUUUUUUGUGUUUGUUUUUGGGAAAAAACACACAAAAUGAGAAGGGAUUGAAAAUUGUUUGUUGAAUUGAGUACAAAAAUUGAGCGUUGAGCAAUGCGUUAAUGGAAUGAAUCUUAAAUAAUCAUUUGAAUUUGUUGCAGCUAUUUAAGCUUAAGCUUUAGCUUUGGAUAUGGAGCAUAAAUGAGAUCAAUAUGACAUGUGUGUGCACAACAUUCCCCACCGACCCCCAUUAUAUCUGCCUUAUCUGAACUGAAUUGCAGUUAUUUUGUUUUUCAAUUUGCAUUUUUUGCACGCCCAAAUAGCUUCAAUGUGUUUGGUUUAUAAUAGUUGAUUUGAUUGCGAUUGGGAUUUUGUUUAUAUGGAUGUACGUAACUAUUACACUGCACUGCACGUUUAGGGUAGCUAACAAUCAAUCAAGUUCUUU